AUGUGUGGUUCUGAUAAGAAAUUGGGUGAUUUACGUGCGUUAAUUCUCGUCGGUGGGUAUGGGACACGUCUAAGGCCACUGACGUUGAGUAGACCAAAGCCUUUAGUAGAAUUUGCUAAUAAACCUAUUCUUAUGCAUCAGAUAGAAGCUUUGGUCGACGCUGGAGUUACAGAAGUAAUUUUAGCUGUCUCAUACAGAGCCGAGGACAUGGAGAAGGAGUUGACAGAACAAGUAUCAAAGCUUGGAGUGUCUCUAACAUUUUCUCACGAAACAGAACCUUUGGGUACAGCAGGGCCAUUGGCAUUAGCAAGGGAAUUAUUGUGUACUAGUAGUGAACCAUUUUUUGUACUCAAUUCUGAUGUUAUAUGUGACUUCCCUUUCAAAGAUCUUGCGAAGUUCCAUAGAAAUCACGGCAAAGAAGGUACUAUAGUAGUUACUAAAGUAGAAGAACCGUCUAAGUAUGGAGUAGUAGUUUACAAAGAAAAUGGUGAAAUAGAGAGUUUUGUUGAAAAACCACAAGAAUUCAUUUCAAACAAAAUCAAUGCAGGUAUUUAUAUACUCAAUCCCUCAGUAUUAAGCAGGAUAGAGUUACGUCCUACCUCAAUAGAAAAAGAGGUAUUCCCUUUCAUGGCUCAAGAUGGUCAGCUAUAUGCCAUGGAACUACAAGGAUUUUGGAUGGAUGUAGGUCAGCCAAAAGACUUUUUAACAGGAAUGUGCCUCUACUUAAACAGUUUAAGACAAAAGAACUCAAAUAAACUGCAUGAUGGGGCAGAUGUAGUUGGUAAUGUGUUGAUUGACCCUUCUGCUACGAUUGGCAAGGGAUGUCGGAUUGGGCCCAAUGUCACUAUUGGUCCUGAUGUUGUUAUAGAAGAUGGUGCUUGUAUUAAACGCAGCACAAUAUUACGAGGAGCCUGUGUAAGACAGCAUGCUUGGCUUGAUGGAUGUAUAGUUGGCUGGCGAUCAGUUGUUGGACGCUGGGUCAGAAUGGAGAACUGCACUGUUCUUGGGGAAGAUGUUAUUGUUAAGGAUGAACUUUAUGUUAAUGGUGGACAAGUUCUACCCCACAAGUCCAUUGCCUUGUCUGUGCCUGAACCACAGAUUAUUAUGUAA